AUGAACGCUGGACGAGCAAGAGUGCCAAAGUGCGCCCGUUGUCGAAACCAUGGUUUGAUCUCUAGUCUUAGAGGUCAUAAGAAAGCCUGUGCUUAUCGACUGUGUCAGUGCCCCAAAUGUGGCCUGAUCAAGGAGAGACAGCGUAUUAUGGCUGCUCAGGUAGCUUUAAAAAGACAACAAGCAGCAGAAGAUAAGAUAGCAUUACAUUUAGCUUCUGUUGAAAGUGGGACUGCUCUAGAAUCGUUGCCCCCAGGCCGCAUUUAUGGCAUGAGGGUCACUAGGCCGUGUCCUAGCCCAGGGCCAGAACCAGAUUCUGCUGCUGAUGAUCACACUCCCAUCCACAUCGACAGCGAAACCAGUGAUUCUAUGCCGGAUAGUUGCAAUAUUUCACCCGAUUCCGCUGGACAGUCAUCCACAACACCUUUGCGGGUGAGUGAAGAAGGGUCCGAAGGGGACAGCGUCAGCACAGCUGGGCUAGAGAUGCUGCGCAAGUUGUUUCCUGGCAAGAAACGCUCGGUCCUCGAGCUGGUGCUCCGACGGUGCAACCAUGAUCUUCUACGCGCUGUUGAACAUUUUAAUGCUACACACGGUCUACCAGAUAAAAUGCCUGGGAUCAGUUCGAGUCGCAACGGGUUAGAAGGUUUAGUGUCGAGUUCUGAAGAAAUUGAAUCACGGUGGUCUGCAUUUAGGCCUGUUGGCCCUCGAGCGCCUAUACUACCCGCAUUAGUAAUGGGCAGAGUUUGCGGGUCUGAAUGGCUCGUACCGCUACCAGCUUUACCUGCGCUUUCGGCUCCAUUACUUCUACCCUUACAGCAUCCACAUGCUCCCCAAGUUCCUUGCAAUCCUUGCUCCCCUGAUUGUAGGCAAUGUAAUCGUCAUUAA